AUGACUAUUUCAGUGCUUCCAAACUCGCAAAGAAUUUAUUGGAUUGUUGUGUUGAGUGCUGUGCCGUUACUCGGAUGUGCUAGCGCGGCUACGACGGACAUUAACUACAAGACCGCUCUGAGCGACUCUAAUGGCACCAGGCUACGCAUGGAAACCGAGGACUUGAGUCCAACAUUGAUUCAACACAAUUCCGAAGCGAGAAUGUUCAAUUUUGGUUCGCUCACGAAGGGUGCUACAGCAACGACCGAACAUUCUUUGGAAGAGGAGCAAAGUCCCCCCCCAUCCAAUAUUAAUCUCAACGAAAUGCCCCCGUCCGAUAUUAAUCUCAACGAAAUGCCCCCGUCCGAUAUUAAUCUCAACAAAAUGGAUAUUAAUCUCAACGAAAUGCCCCCGUCCGAUAUUAAUCUCAACGAAAUGCCCCCAUCCGAUGUUAAGGCAAGUACAAGCAAUCUAUUCCCUUCCAAUAUUGUCGCAAAGGGGAAAACAUCCAGCCUCGCUCCCCUGGAAACCACAGACGGUGUCGCACUGAUGAAAAAGCGUAAGAUUCUAUCCGAUGACGAGGUGAACUUAGAAAAACUCUUUGAAAGAAAUGAGUUGUCGAAAGAUGUCGAUAACUAUUUUGACAGUCAUCGUUUUCAAAGUUGGUUUAAUACAGCACUUGAGAUCUACAAUGGUGACGUCAAAGAGGCAGCAGACGCGAUUAUUGUAAUUUUGACUCGUCAUUUUAAAGACGAGGCUUUGCGAAUGAAGCUGCAAAAUCCGACAACGACAGAUGAGGCAAAAAAAAAUUGUCUUCGCGUUGGACGCUGCGCAGAUUUCAUACUGGGUAAAAAUAAAAGCGACAAGUAA